AUGCCCUUGGCUAUAAAAGUUAUGAGAGAUUUCAACAGUCAUGUAUGUUUGGACAAAGUUGCCUUCAAGACGAGUCUAGAGAUGCAGAAGCUAUUAAUACUUUUCUUCUUUUUGUGUUUGAUUUACAUCGCCGAUUCAUGCAUGGAUUGCCGGAGAAAUGGCGUAAGUUAUAGGAGUAACAGCGACUUUAGCUUUGAUGAGGGGUGUUACCGCUUUAAUUGUCGAUGCAACUGUGACGGAUCAUGGAACUGUCCAUCCCUUAGGACCCAAAAUAUCUGCCGAAAUCCCUCAGGAUCGAAUCGAUGUCAAAAAUGUCAAACAAAAGGGAGAGAGUACCCAGGAAACAGUAACUUUAGUUUUGAUGAGGGGUGUUACCGCUUCAAUUGUCGAUGUAACUGCGAUGGAUCAUGGAGCUGUCCCGCUACGAGGACACAGAACAUCUGUCGACGCCCACAAGUACCAGAUAGGAGCUGUCCAGGAUGUACAGUAAAAGGGAGAAACUACCCUGCCGGGCAAUUCUACUAUGACGACGUCUGCCUCAGAAUUUUCUGUAAAUGUGAUUGUAACGGGUCAUAUAGCUGCGCUUCCGAUAUGAACAUCUGCUAAACGUUUAAUUGCACAUGAUGGACAUCCCCAAAGACUACUAAAGUUUCAAAUUUAUAUUUGUAUUGAAGUUUUAGUAGAUAAAAAAUUAGUCGUCUUUUUUAUUAAAUACUAUAAACACUUGCAAAAUUAAUGAAUUAUAUUAAGGGGGACCCAUGUCGUUCUACGUCAUAGCAGCGUUAUUUGACGUCAAAAUAGUGACGUUUCUAUUAUACCUGUUGACUUUGUGAUUUA